AUGUUCCCUUACAAUACGCGCCCUAAAAAUAAGAAUACGCGGAAGAAUCUGCCAAAGAAAACCGCCGCAGAACAAGCUAAAAUAGAGCAAUUGAGAGAAAAAUUACUUGAAGAAUGUGAUUUUAAAAAUAUUACAAAUGAGCAAUUGGUUGCACUACAGAAAAACACGACUAAAAGGAUAGAAACACUUAUAACUGAGCGAAAUUACGUUGAAGCACGCAAAUAUCAGGAACUUUCAUCAAAAAUUGAUCAUGAAGCAAGAAGAAGAAUAGAUAAUACACGUCUCGCACCACAGAAGCCAGUAACUUUCCCUAAGAACUCUGUUGAAGGUAAGAAACUCAUCAAAUUCGAUCAAGAAACAGAAAAAGGAAUUCUUCAAAUGAAACAACGCCAUGAAUCAUUACUUAACAACUUCGAUCAGCUUUGGGACUCUCAGAUACGUAACAAAUACUUCCAAGAUUCCCCUCAAUUGGCCUCAAAGAAGCGAGAAUACAAUCAAAAUGCAAGAACAAUGAGUAAACAAGAUGCAAAAGAUUUAAGAGAUGAAAUCGAAGAAUUAGAGAACCAGGAGAACAUGGAAAACUCUCAGAAUUUCGAAUGCGACUACAAUUCUUCUCGCGAACAAAUGAUUUUGAAGCAAAGAAAGGAAAUGCAGCUCUACAUGUCCGAAAGGAAACGUGCACGCCAAGCAAUGCUUCCUAGCCAGCCAAUUAUGCCAGAUAAAUCUUUAAAUCAGGCAAAGGCAAAACUAGCGAACAGGGACUUGGCCAGAACCGCUAAUCCAAAGGAAGGACCACGAAUCAUCGCUCCGGAUACAACUCAGCGUUCACAAUCGAAAUCGAGAUCUUCUCCAAUGAGACCGAACUCCAAAUUGGCUCCACUUCCUCCUGCAAAGCCAGAAGUUGCUACACAGACAGAUCCAGUCUCUGAUUCCGAACUUUUCGACGAUGAUUCAAAUGAAGGCGUAGAAACCGAAGAUGACAUCAUCCAAUGCGGCGAAGAGACUAGUAAGAUCAUGAACAGCAUGCUCGAUGAAACAGUUAGCGAAGUUAUUUCAGAAAUUCAAAAUGAUAAUAAUGAAUCUAAAGAAAAAGACUUUGAAGACGAUGGAUUGCUUAACAAUGAAGAACUCGAUAAACAGACAAAGGAUAUGAUCUCAAAUCUCUUUAAUGAGUCGUAUUCUGGAAUUAUUUCUGAUAUCACUGGAAACAAGAAACCAGUUCUUUCACUUGGCGAUGCAAUCAAACCUGUAGAAGCUAUUGCAGAGCCUGUAAAGGAUAAUAAUGAAGAUGCAGACAUAUUUGAUAAAACGAAGCUCGAAUCCGUUACUCCUGUUGAAGAAAAGCCACAAGAGGACACAAACAAUAACAAACCAGAAGAAAAGAAGCCUUUAGAAAUCAAUUUGACUGAUCAAGUCCAAGAAAAGAUUUCUGAGACAUCAGAGAAGGCAGAAAAGGGAGAUGAGAAGCCACAAGAACAACCACAACAACAAGAAGAGCAAAAGAAGCCUUUAGAAAUAAAUGUAACAGAUCAGGUUCAAGAAAAAAUCUCAGAAACAUCAGAGAAGGCCGAGAAAGAAGAGGAAAAGCCACAGGAACAACCAGAACCAGCUAAACCACAAGAAGAACCAAAGAAACCAUUGGCAAUCAAUCUUACAGAUCAAUUCCAAGAAAAAGUGGCCGAAACCGAACAGAAAACAGAAGAAGCAGAGAAUGUACCACCAAAGCAACCAUCUCCGGAGCAAAAACCCGCACUUUCUAUCGGUAUCUCAGAAAAUGUUCAACAAAAACUUUCAGAAAAGAAGGAAGAACCACAGCAAGAGAAUGCCCAACAGAAAGGAGCCCUUUCUAUCAACCUUACUGAUCAAAUACAAGAAAAGAUAUCCGAUACAGAGAAAAAGGCCGAAGAAACCGAAAACAAACCGAAAGAGGACACAAAAAGUCCACAAAAUUCACAAAAGAACCAACCAAAGUCGAUAUCUGCUUCAUCAUCAGCAAGUCCGCUCUUAUCAAUGUAUGCAUUCGGUAGCAAUGAUGAACAGAAGCCUACAUCUCCAAAUCCACUCUCUAUGAAACUUGGAAAUUCAAAUAAUCAAAAUUCAGAUCAGAAACAGAGAGAAAUUACAGACAUUUCAGCACCAACGCAGGAGUCUGGUAAUAAUUUCGAUGCAAAUAUCAACAUAGAAGACAAUGACAAGAAAUUAGUCAAAAAUAACUCGGAAGAUACCGUUGGAGAGCUUCCUAACCUCAAAAGAGAUGAAAAUAAGGGACAACAUAGGACGAGGUCUCGAAAGAACAACUUAAUUUCUACUUCUAUGUCAGAAGACGAUCUGAUGGCCAUAAUUCACCCGAGACCACCAGAACAUGUUGCUCUUCAGAACGCCAAAUUGGCACAGAUGGCCACAUUCUCGCUAAAAGUCGUUCCUUCCCUUGAGGAUGACGUACAAAGUGUUGCAAUGAGAGCUGUCGACCAAUGCGCAAUUGGAGCCAUCACUUUCCUCGCUCUCGUUGAAGAGAUAACAGACGAAAUCGCUUUCCAGACUAUUGACGAAGUUUGUGAUACCUGCAUCCAGAAAGCUUAA